CGAGAUGCUCGUGCGCGCAGCGCGCCCCACUGCAUCCUCGACCUUCUCCGGCUACAGGGACCGUAAGUGGCGACUAUGGGCAGACUGGGUUAUUGGACCCUGCUGGUGCUGCCGGCCCUUCUGGUCUGGCGCGGCCCGGCGCAGGGCGCGGCGGUGGAGAAGGGUACCCCGGCGCUGAACAUUGCGGUGCUGCUGGGUCACAGCCACGACGUGACGGAGCGCGAACUGCGAAACCUGUGGGGCCCAGAGCAGGCAGCAGGGCUGCCCCUGGACGUGAACGUGGUAGCCCUGCUGAUGAACCGGACGGACCCCAAGAGCCUCAUUACGCAUGUGUGCGACCUCAUGUCUGGGGCGCGCAUCCAUGGCCUUGUCUUUGGGGACGACACCGACCAGGAGGCCGUGGCUCAGAUGCUGGAUUUUAUCUCUUCGCAGACUUUCAUACCCAUCCUGGGCAUCCACGGGGGCGCGUCUAUGAUCAUGGCUGACAAGGACCCAACAUCAACCUUCUUCCAGUUCGGAGCGUCCAUCCAGCAACAAGCCACAGUCAUGCUGAAGAUCAUGCAGGAUUACGACUGGCACGUCUUCUCCCUGGUGACCACCAUCUUCCCCGGGUACCGGGACUUCAUCAGCUUCAUCAAGACCACCGUGGACAACAGCUUUGUGGGCUGGGACAUGCAGAACGUGAUCACCUUGGACACUUCCUUUGAGGACGCCAAGACCCAGGUCCAGCUGAAGAAGAUCCACUCCUCCGUCAUCCUGCUCUACUGUUCCAAAGAUGAGGCUGUCCUCAUCCUGAGUGAGGCCCGCUCCCUGGGCCUCACCGGAUAUGAUUUCUUCUGGAUCAUCCCCAGCUUGGUUUCUGGGAACACAGAGCUCAUCCCAAAGGAGUUCCCGUCAGGCCUCAUUUCGGUCUCCUACGACGACUGGGACUACAGCCUGGAGGCGCGGGUGAGGGACGGCCUGGGCAUCCUCACCACGGCCGCAUACUCCAUGUUGGAGAAGUUCUCCUACAUCCCCGAGGCCAAGGCGAGCUGCUACGGGCAGACGGAGAAGCCGGACACCCCGCCGCACACUCUGCACCAAUUCAUGGUCAACGUGACAUGGGAUGGCAAAGACUUGUCCUUCACUGAGGAAGGCUACCAGGUGCACCCCAGGCUGGUGGUGAUUGUGCUGAACAAGGACCGAGAAUGGGAGAAGGUGGGCAAGUGGGAGAACCAGACCCUGAGCCUGCGGCACGCCGUGUGGCCAAGGUACAAGUCCUUCUCAGACUGUGAGCCGGACGACAACCAUCUGAGCAUCGUCACCCUGGAGGAGGCCCCCUUUGUCAUCGUGGAGGACAUAGACCCGUUGACCGAGACGUGCGUGAGGAACACCGUGCCGUGCCGGAAGUUUGUCCGAAUCAACAAUUCAACCAAUGAGGGCAUGAAUGUUAAAAAAUGCUGCAAGGGCUUCUGCAUCGAUAUCCUGAAGAAGCUUUCCCGCACUGUGAAGUUCACCUAUGACCUUUACCUGGUGACUAAUGGGAAGCAUGGCAAGAAAGUCAACAAUGUGUGGAACGGGAUGAUUGGGGAAGUGGUCUACCAACGGGCGGUCAUGGCGGUCGGCUCGCUCACCAUCAACGAGGAGCGCUCGGAAGUGGUGGACUUCUCCGUGCCCUUUGUGGAGACGGGGAUCAGUGUCAUGGUUUCAAGAAGCAACGGCACUGUCUCACCUUCUGCUUUUCUAGAACCGUUCAGCGCCUCCGUCUGGGUCAUGAUGUUCGUGAUGCUGCUCAUUGUGUCCGCCAUCGCUGUUUUUGUCUUCGAGUACUUCAGUCCUGUUGGAUACAACAGAAACUUAGCCAAAGGGAAAGCACCCCACGGGCCUUCUUUCACGAUUGGCAAAGCUAUAUGGCUCCUCUGGGGCCUGGUGUUCAACAACUCCGUGCCUGUGCAGAACCCCAAAGGGACCACCAGCAAGAUCAUGGUGUCUGUGUGGGCCUUCUUCGCCGUCAUCUUCCUGGCCAGCUACACGGCCAACCUGGCUGCUUUCAUGAUCCAGGAGGAAUUCGUGGACCAAGUGACCGGCCUCAGUGACAAAAAGUUUCAGAGACCUCACGACUAUUCCCCACCUUUCCGAUUUGGCACGGUGCCUAACGGCAGUACUGAGAGAAACAUUCGUAAUAACUACCCCUACAUGCAUCAGUACAUGACAAAAUUCAAUCAGAAGGGAGUGGAGGAUGCCUUGGUCAGCUUGAAAACAGGGAAACUGGACGCUUUCAUCUACGAUGCGGCGGUCUUAAAUUACAAGGCUGGCAGGGAUGAAGGCUGUAAGCUCGUGACCAUCGGCAGUGGGUACAUCUUUGCCACCACUGGUUACGGAAUCGCCCUCCAGAAGGGCUCGCCUUGGAAGAGGCAGAUUGACCUGGCCCUGCUCCAGUUUGUGGGUGAUGGCGAGAUGGAGGAGCUGGAGACCCUGUGGCUCACGGGGAUCUGCCACAACGAGAAGAACGAGGUGAUGAGCAGCCAGCUGGACAUCGACAACAUGGCGGGCGUGUUCUACAUGCUGGCGGCCGCCAUGGCUCUCAGCCUCAUCACCUUCAUCUGGGAACACCUCUUCUACUGGAAGCUGCGCUUCUGCUUCACCGGCGUCUGCUCCGACCGCCCGGGGCUGCUCUUCUCCAUCAGCAGGGGCAUUUACAGCUGUAUCCACGGGGUACACAUCGAGGAGAAGAAGAAGUCUCCAGACUUCAACCUGACCGGGUCCCAGAGCAACAUGUUAAAGCUGCUCCGGUCGGCCAAAAACAUCUCCGACGUGUCCAACGUGAACUCCUCGAGAAUGGAUUCCCCCAAGAGGGCUGCGGACUUCAUCCAGAGAGGCUCCCUCAUCGUGGACAUGGUUUCCGAUAAGGGAAAUAUGAUCUACUCGGACAACAGGUCCUUUCAGGGGAAAGACAACAUUUUUGGGGACAACAUGAGCGAGCUGCAGACGUUCGUGGCCAGCAGGCACAAGGACAACCUCAACAACUACGUGUUCCAGGGACAGCACCCCCUGACUCUCAAUGAGUCCAACCCCAACACGGUGGAGGUGGCCGUGAGCACCGAGUCCAAAGCGAACUCAAGGCCCCGGCAGCUGUGGAAGAAAUCCAUGGAGUCGCUGCGCCAGGACUCGAUGAGCCAGAACCCGGUCUCCCAGAGGGACGAGGGGGCGGCGGAGAACAGGACCCACUCCCUGAAGAGCCCUCGGUACCUUCCGGAAGAGGUGGCCCACUCGGACGUUUCAGAAACUUCGAGUCGGGCCACGUGCCACAGGGAGCCCGACAACAGCAAGAACCACAAGACCAAGGACAACUUCAAGAGGUCCGUGGCCUCCAAAUUCCCCAAGGACUGCAGCGAGGCCGAGCGCUCCCACCUGAAAACCAAAGCCGGCUCCCCCAGGGACAAGAUCUACACCAUCGACAGCGAGAAGGAGCCCAGUUUCCACCUGGACCCGCCCCAGUUCGUGGAAAACAUGGCCCUGCCCGAGAACGUGGACUUCCCCGACCCCUACCAGGACCCCAACGAAAACUUCCGCAAGGGGGACCCCGGGCUGCCCACGAACAGGACCGCCCUGCACACCGAGGACGUGCUCCCCAACAACGACAAACACAAAUUCUACUCCAAGCACUUCACCCUGAAAGACAAGAGCUCUCCUCUAAGCGAGGGUGGCGACCGGUACCGGCAGAACUCCACGCACUGCCGGAGCUGCCUGUCCAACCUGCCCGCCUACUCGGGCCACUUCACCGUGCGGUCCCCCUUCAAGUGCGACGCCUGCCUGCGGAUGGGCAACCUGUACGACAUCGACGAAGACCAGAUGCUCCAGGAGACGGGCAGCCCGGCCGCCCAGGAGGAGGUCUACCAGCAGGACUGGGCGCAGAACAGCACCCUCCAGUUCCAGAAAAACAAGCUCAGGAUCAGCCGUCAGCACUCCUACGAUAACAUCGUGGACAAGCCCAGGGAGAUAGACCUCAGCAGGCCAUCCAGGAGCAUCAGCCUCAAGGACCGGGAACGGCUCCUGGAGGGGAAUUUGUACGGGAGCCUCUUUAGCGUGCCCGCCAGCAAACUCUCGGGGAACAAGAGCGCCCUCUUCCCGCAGGGUCUGGAGGACAGCAAGCGGAGCAAGUCCCUCUUGCCCGACCACGCCUCCGAUAACCCCUUCCUCCGUUGCUAUGGGGACGACCGACGCUUAGUCAUCGGGAGGUGCCCCUCGGACCCUUACAAGCACUCGCUGCCGUCCCAGGCCGGGAACGACAGCUACCUUCGAUCGUCCCUGAGGUCAACGGCAUCCUACUGCUCCAGGGACAGCAGAGGCCCCGGCGACGUGUACAUUCCAGAGCAUGUUAUGCCUUAUGCUGCAAACAAGAACAGUAUGUACUCUAACCCCAGGGUUUUGAACCCCUGCAGCAAUAGACGUGUGUACAAGAAAAUGCCUAGUAUUGAAUCUGAUGUUUAA